GGCAGUGAUUGUAGCUAAACUUUUCUGAGUUUUAAUCGUUGUUUUUCCUCUCAAAUUACGGGAAACGACUGGCACUUUUCGGAAUUUCUGCGUUGUCUGUGCUGUGUUUAUGAUGCCACCAAAAAAAAGGAAGUCAAGUAAGAAGCCCCCAAAGGAGAAGACACCCGUACUGAUUGACGGCCUCAAUGUGGGCGAGAUGACUAGAGAGCAGCUAUUGGAGCACACUGCGAACCUGCGAGAGGAGCUGGAUAGUGUAAGGAAGGAGAGGAACUACUUUCAGCUGGAGAGGGACAGGGUCAAAUCUUUAUGUGAUGUGGCGGCGAGACACCUGGAGGAGUCCAAUACUGAGCUGAAAAACGUAGACAAGGAGGUUGAGGAGGAUGAGAGGAAGCAACAAGAAGAGAUCAAGGUGUACAAGCAGAAGAUGAAGCACAUCCUGUGUGAACACCAGAACACCAUCACAGAGUUACAGGCAGAUGCUAAAGUCUCCAGUGAGGCAAUGCAGAGAGAUCAUCAACAGUUAGAGACAGAGCUUCAGGAGGAGAUGACGAAUAUCAAAGUCAGCAUGGAGAAGCUCGACAUUAGCAACCUCAUGAAGGAGCUAGAGCUGAAACAUCAAGAAAAAAUGUCUGAAAACAGGGAACACUGGGAAAAACAACUCCAGGAUGCUGAAACCAUGUACGAGAAGAAGUUGGAGGACCUUCAACAAGAGCUGGAGAAAACGAGGAAAAAAGAGAUUAAUGAGAGAGAGGAAUUCUUUAAGAAUCAUAAUAUGAAUCUUGCGAAUGACCACAACAAAGCUCUCAAUAACAGUAAAGAGCUCAUAGAGGCAGCUUGGGUUACGGAUGGUGAAUGCAAGGCAAAGGAGGAGAAUAGUGAAAAAACCCAAAAGAAGAUACUGGAGACAGAAGUGGAGUUUCUCUGUCUUGUGCAGGAAGGGAAAACCAUCUGUGAGCCUCUCUCCAAAGUCAACGAGGAAGUGGAAUCAAUGAGGAAAAAACUAAUUUACAGCAAAGUGAGCCAGAUUGACUCUGGCAGGGUCAAACAAAAGGAGCUGCAUGAACUGAAAAAUAAACACGAGGCACUGAAACAAAAAUUUAGCGAGAUUCAAAAAGAAACAGAAGAGCUGAAAGAGACGUUCACCCAGAAGAUUCAGGAGCUGGAGCAUAGGGGAAUUUGGAAGGCUGAGCAACAGGAGUGGAAGAUAAAAGCCAUGACAGACCACCAGGAGGAGAUUCAGGCUCAGCUCAACCCAGUGCUCUUUGAGCCUAGCAUGGACCAAACGGCCCUACGAAGGGUUGCUGAAGAAAUAGGGAAACACAAAAGACGUUUCAACAAUCAACAAGCUAAGCUAAGGAAAUACAUGACUACGAGAUUCAAAACACUAAGGACUUAAAGGGUCAUACAGCUCUGAUUGCAGAGGCAAGUGGCUCAUUUUACCUCCUGAAAAGUGCUGAAAUGCAUUUAUUUAACCACUGAUGUUUUUGUAAAUAAAGUUUUAUGUCCUGCAGGCCCAUGAGGAUUCUCUAGGGAACUACUAGGUAAGCUCUUGGUGUCCCUGUCCAGCAUCUCUGAAGACUCCUCUGGAAGCCCUUUGACCCCCAAAUAAAAGCAAAAAGUAGUCAAAGAACUUCGAUUUUAAAUGAAUGCUGAGUUACAGUUCUUUAAAUCUCCUUGUUAAAAUGUUAUCUGCACAACAAAUUAUUAAUGUUU